GCUUUCCAAAUUCUGUCAUAUUUACGAAAUGUUACUGAGCCUCUGAGCUGCCUCGGCUGUUCCCACUGCUAUGAGAUGACUGGCCUGACAAGAAGACGUCGCGCCGCCCACCAAGUCCUCCUGCGCCGAGCUCUGAGCAGGAGCGUUGGCAGGUGCCAGGAUGCCACCGCGUUUCCGGAUUGCAGGGACCGAGACGAAGGUGGCAUCAUGGUGCUGCCAUCGCUUUCCAGAGAUCCCGAGUACAUUAAGGCUAUGCAACGCAGCCAGGAAAGGUCGUCGACGCGGGCUGUGAAGAAGCUGCAAAGGAUUCUGGCAACCAAUCCCUUUAAGAUCCCCUCGGAAAGGAAAAAAGCAGGGAAAAUUCCUGGACUAAAGACCAUGCGAAAUGAUUCAUGGAGGGUACACAAGCAACAAGAGGAUACUCCGAAUCUAAGUGAGCGAUCUGGCCAUAGUCUGAAGCAGAGUGAUCGCUCCAAAGGCAGCACCCGAUCUCGACACAGCUCCUCCACCUACCCGUCUAGCUGGAAACUGGAUUUGAAUCGACCGAAGGACGAAUCGAAUCAAAAUUCUAAAGGAUCCUUGGAGGAAGUCAACAACUGUACUUGCCUCAAUCGUACUCCUUACGAUCACAAUCUGAACAAGCCCCUCAGGUCGGACAACUCCUGUCAGUGUACUCUCAAGAAAAAGAAAACCACUCCGAAGGCAAAGCAAACUAAAUCUUUAUCGGUGGCUCAGACUCAGACAGUUGAUGAUGCAGAGUCCUCAAGUGACACCGGAGGACUCCAAUCCUUGAUGAGAGGGAAGAGUCGAGUAAGUAGCACCAGCAAGACCAGCCAGAGCAGCGGACGACUCCUGAAAGUGAGGAAUAGGGUCUACAGCGGUGAAGAUGUCGAUCAGGAUCGAACUUUCGUGUGUAAGCCGGGAUGUCCUGGUGCCCGGAAAUUUAAGAACUACGGAGGCUACACUCCCUCGGAAACAGAAGAUGAUUUGUGCAGCAACGUUUGCGAGUAUGACAGACCCUACGAACAUCUGAACAAAAUCGAUCAGAUUAGCAAACCCCCCCCAGCAUUGAAAACGAAGUGGGGCCUUAAAAUACCCAGUACCACCGAAAUAGAAUACUAUAUGUUUCGGAGCAGUCGUGAAAACACUUGCAUCAAUCAAUGUCCUAAUAUUCCUCCAUCACGGGCGGUUAACAAUAGGUACUCCAAUGAUUCGAUGGGUGAAAUGGAUUUCAGGAGAGAUGACUCGCCGCUUAGAGACGGAAACGCUUCGUGGCGGAAUAUAUCAAGAAGAAAUAGCCCUGAUGAGACUCCAAUGCAGGGAAACUUUUCGCAAAAUUCGUUUGGUAGAAAUCAAGAGCCAAGGAGUGGCUAUCAAGGUGGGAAUUUUGAUGAAGCCCCCGACUCAAGGCGACCAAGUACGAGGCAUUCAGGAACCUGCGGUAACCCCGAUUGUCCGUGGCAAGUGAGUAACUCACCGGGCCAAAGGCAAGAAGGAUUCCCCUCUAGGCGCAGGUCCAACGAUAAUUAUAGCGAACCAGCUAGACCAUAUCGGAAUGGUGAAGACAUGGCAUUCCCUCGCAAUCGCCGGAUGCAGUCCAACGAAGACAUGUCCCAAAUGAGAAGAAACCGGGGUGAUGACUUCGAUCCAAACUCUCAAUAUCGCCAGAGAAGAUUCCAGGAAAGUGAUCCCAGGUACAGAGAGGAUAGGCGAGGCCAUGAUAGGAAGUACUGCCCGAAUUCCCAGUGUCCCUUUAAUAGGGAGCAAUGGAAUGACGACAGGAUGAACCAGGACUACGAAGGGAGGUCCAGAAACCAAAAUGAUGACAGAUCGAGAUAUCAACAAUACUCAAAUACCAAUCAAAGAGGUGCCGACGAACAUCAUUACUGUCCAAAUCCGGAGUGUCCCUUCAAUCGAACGAAUAAUCGAAGGUACCAUAGCGUUGAAGACUUAAGCUCCUUUGCGGAAAAUGAUGGCCGGAACACUAGGCCGGACGUGACUUGGAGAGAGGAGAACGAGAUGGACAAUGGCUCCCACACCAAUGUUCUGAGUCAGUGUGUAUGUCUGAGUCCUCCUCCCACUGGAGAUUCAAAGACACCCGAAAAGAGUCAAGUAUUAGCUGGCAAGACGGGGCGAACUUCUAGCAGAACCAAAACUCCACAGUCUGUGGAUGGGGUGGGAGCUGCUCGGGGUAUUGACAGAGCCAGAAGGAAUGGAGAUGCCCGUCGAACUCGACACAAUGGCGUGGAUAAACAGUCUAACAAACGUAGAAAUGAGGUGAAAACCCAAACCUCCCCGACCCGCAUCGAAUCGGCCAAACUUCAAAAACAAAAAUCAACUUCUGUCAAAAGUGCGGAUAGCGAUUACCAGGAGGCAUCGAGUUCGGAUCGGCCUCCUUGUGGGAAAAAGAAAUGUGACUUCCAGUGCAUACCCUGUAGCAAAGCUAAGCAAAACCAAGUUAAGGCCAAGACUUCCAAAACUUCAAAGGAGGAAGUAAAAACUGAAAAGAAAAUUAAGCCAAACAGCCAAACAGUCGCCAAAGAAACUCCAAGCCAGGCAACUUCCCCCAAGAAGAAGAAAAGUCCUUCAAAUUCACGUCGUCCUAGUCGAAAUACAGAUGCCAAAAAACCAAAAAAGGAUAAUAAGGAUAAUGAUGAUAACGAUAACGAUAAUGCAGAUAACGAUGUUACCGAUAACGAUACGUCCAACGGAAAACCGGAAAAGGAAGUGGUGCCCGCUCAUUGUGAUGUGACUAAGAUAAUCGAUAUCCUCCAAAAGACUGUGGCUGGUCUGGAAUUUGAAAUAAAUAAGAGGAAGGGCCGCGAAAGUACCACCAGUUUGGCUCAACCACAAGCCCAGCCACCAGCGCCACAGGUGCCUUAUAAUGUGGCUCCACCGCCCGUCAAUUACCAACAGAACUAUCAGCUCCCACAAGCCAACUCCUACCAAAAUCCAUAUUAUUGUCCACCGAACUGCACCUAUACUGGACCAAACCCCUACCAGCAAGGACAAUUUAAUCCUCCCAAUCCAAAUCCCUUUCCAACCAUCCCGCCAUUCAAUUAUGUCCCACCUACAGUUGGUUUUCAACCAAGUUUCGCCAGGCUUGGACAUCCUGACGGAGGUCCACCUCAGGACAACUACCCCAGAGAUAGGUAUGACUACGAUGGCCAAAAUUAUUCCAAUACUGAUUUAAACUGGAGGCGGAAUCAACAGAAUAAUAAUGGUUUUGAAAAUCGAUCCAGAAACAAUGUGGGCUUUUCGGAUGUUUAUGAUGACGAGGAAUGUACUUGUCCAGAUCGAAGGUUUCCAAAUAAAAAUAAAGAAAUGGAGCCCGAACCAGAACGCAUAAAUUUAAACAGACCUCCAAGGAACCAACAAACAGGUCAGAGAUCGGGACAGGAUAGAGAUCGGGAUAGAGAUCGGGAUAGAGAUCGGGAUAGAGAUCAGGAUAGAGAUCGGGAUAGAGAUCGGGAUCGGAAUCAAAAUCAAGGAUAUAAAGGAGGAAGCACUAGCAGGACUAGUGUAUGUAGUCCCGAAUGUUAUGUGAAAGCCAAAAAAGCCGGAAAAGGGGUUAGGUAUCAGGAGGGUGGUGGGUCAGAUGAUAAUGAGAUUGGCAAUUAUCUCAGUCGUCCUGGAAAGAGCUAUUCCCAAGACGACGAAUGGUCUGACGGUCAGUCGGAUGAGUCCGCCGAGGAUAAUUAUCGGUCCCGGAAGAAGCCAUCCGUGCAAUUCUGCAGCUGUGUCGACUGCGACAAGAAACCGAAGAAAAAACUUAGCCUUAAACAGCGGAUUAGUAAGUUAACUAUUAAAAAUAGUAACUAUAAGAAGUUUGUGGACGCCUCCUCAAGCCGACAUCAUUCCAAGUCCCCUAAAAACUGUCUAAUGAAAACAUGCCAGUUGUUCAGGACAAAGGAUAAGGAGCGACCACUGACGGUACAUUGCAACCAUUCCCGGUGUUCCCACCAUCGUCCAUCGUCCCGAAAACCGUCUUUAAAAUCAACCCAUAAGCUGGUGAAGAAACCCUCGUACAGUAGCACCUCCUCUAGUUGUGUGUGUCGAGCGGGAUACUCCCGCGGAGAAUGCCCCAAACUCUGUAAAGGUCGGGCUCGUCAGGGCAGUGGAAGGGCUGAUGUCUUCUCCAGCGAGGACAGUGAUACCUGCCUAUGUGCAAGAACAUCGCAUAACUGUAACAACUUCCUGUGCUUGCAAAAGAAGUGCGUAACCGAUUCGGCGCAAUUUAUUCCUCUCCUACGCGAGCGCAGAGCUAUCUCCCAGUUGUGCAGACCCUUUGAAUCGCACUACGCUUCAGACCUGAAAAAGGCGCAAUGUGACGAGAAAAGUAAACCAAAGGUUUGGUCCGAGACCCGGUCAUAUAUGCCACUGGCAUCGGAUCGUCUUCUCAUAUCCGAAUGUCACCGGACCUGUAAAGUAGAGGGCAAGACCGACCCGGAUCAUCCGAUACGGAAAAAUGAAACCGUAUGCCCCAAGCCGGGUGCCCAUCCAGCCAUUCCUGGCAAGACCCGCCACAAUCCUCACAUGAAUUUUUCGGAACUAAAUAGCUAUGAGAUGAAUAUUAUGGAUAAUUUUGAAAAGUACAAGGCGGAGAAAGAUCAACCCUUGACCUGCUAUUGCAAAACUCCAAAGGGGACGGAAGAAACCGGGGAAGACACCGCCGAAGAAAGUGCUUCCAAUGAGUGCACUUGUGAUGUUCCAGAAUAUGUUCGCUGCAGCUGCCAGCCGAAGAAAUCGAAGUCAUCUCUUUUCAAAUGUUGUCGAAGGAAUAAGUCACCCAAGCCACCGAAGCAAGAGAAACCGCCAAAACCGCCGAAGCCCCCAAAACCAGUGAAGCCCCCAAAGCCAGAGAAGCCACCAAAAAUCAAGGAGCCAAAGAAAAAGGAGUCGAAAGUCAAAAUUAAGGAGCCCAAAAAGAAGAAAUCCUCAUCAAGUGGAUUUUUGUGUUUUAAUAAGGAACUUAAAAAGCCAAAGGAAAAGAAACCAAAGCCCUCCACCAGCUCCGUCAGCUCUACAAAGGAAAAGAAACCAAAAAAGGAGAAGCCUAAAAAGCCACCUAAAGAGAGAUCCUCCUCGAAGUCCAGUGGGUUCUUUUCCUGUAAAAAGAAGGAAAAACAGCCUAAGCCGCCGAAACCACCAAAAGAGCCAAAGCCACCGAAACCACCAAAGGAACCCAAACCGCCUAAACCACCAAAGGAACCUAAACCGCCUAAGCCGCCUAAGGAACCCAAGCCACCUAAGCCACCUAAGGAACCAAAACCGCCUAAGCCACCUAAGGAGCCCAAACCGCCCAAGCCGCCAAAGGAGCCCAAACCGCCUAAGCCACCCAAGGAGCCCAAACCACCAAAGGAGCCCAAACCACCAAAGGAGCCAAAACCACCAAAGGAAAGAAAAUUCUGUUCCUUUGGGAGGAAGAAGGAAAAGGAGCAGCCAAAGGAAGAGCCCAUGCCCAUAGAGCCAACACCUCGACCCAUCUGUUAUUGUACAAAAGAUCAGAUCAAAAAAAUUUGUACAGAUCGGUGUCAACCACAAAAGCCAGAACCACGAACUGCCUGCCAGUGUGACAGGCAAUGUCCUCCACGAUUCGCUGCCAAUAACAACCAAAAGGAUGCGUCGACUAAUUUCGAGUGUCCAUGUUCCCACAAGAAGCAAGAACCUCCUGAGCCUGCAGAUAAUUUCCAAUGUCCUUGUGCUGACAGCGACCAGGAACAGCCAAGGCGAUCGUGCCAGCCGACGGUUAAGUUCACACUGCCUUGUGCCAACUGCGAGCAAAAGGAUAACGAAAUCAAAGUCCUUUACGACUCCAGUAACCGUUUUCCCCAAGAAAGUUGCAGUUGCGCGGACAACUUUGGCCUAUAUUACCAAAGGGGUGAUCGUUGGUAAGCCGAUCCGAGAGCAGCCGGUCCAGGACCCAGGAUCCGAGACCCAGAUCCUGUAACCAGAAAGCCAGAUUCAUGCGACGUAACGGUAUCAACACAUAUUAAAAAAAAAAUUGUGUGGUAACUAUGAUUGAGAACCUUAAGCGAAAUCCGAUCCAUUUUUGAUUAAGUUUCCAAUCAUAAAUGCCCAAAGUUGGAUAGCCCUAUUUCAAUUUGGAUUAAAAUCGAAAUACAUUUAA